GUAUUCAGCAAACUCAUACUGUAUGCAUGGUAAAUUGAGCAGUGUAAAAUUCUGUCGUUUGUAGGCACUGUAGCCUGUACAAUGUCCGUAGAUUGCAUUAGUCACGGCUGAUCGACUGCUUGAAAUGUUGCAAAGCGCAAAUAGAACAAACCGUCAAUGUAUGGGACAUUGCAUAAUUCAUAUAUACAUGUAAUAUUUGUUCUGUUCAUUUUUUUUUAGUUUAUAAGGUAACUUUUAAACGUACACGAAUUUACCUUCACCUACAGCUCGUGACGUCUCUACUUGAGUGAGAAUUCUCGACUGGGACGCCCCCCCCCCACCCCCCCCCCCCCCACACACACACACCAAACAAACCAAAAACACCACUUCUACCUUUUUGAAUUUUGUCGGUUGUAUUGUUUCUGCUUUAAAAAUAUCAAAGAUGUAAAUAAUACCGCAACGCUUCUUCAUUUUAACAUUUUAAUUUUAUUGCAUUUUAAAUGUAAAUAAGCUUCACUUAUGAUUAAGCUGCUCGUACAUCAGCUUGGCCCUCGAGGAAUGACAAGCAUGUCGAUGAUGGGAGUCCUGGUCUUUGAGACUGCACGAGAUAAUAUAAUCUAUAUGAAGAGACACAUUAUGCACACAUCAGAAUUAUGAGAUUUACCUUUUACUUAAAAAGUAGGCUGGUCUAAGAUAAUAAAGGCGAACGGUUUGGCCUAUUUCCGUGGUCAUAAAUUACACGCUUGGUUUUGGGACGGAAUGACGUUCAUUUGCGUUUAUGCAUAUUAAGGUCCCAAACCUUUGGAUGUGCAACACUAACUGACGUGUAUAAUUAAAGAUCAGUCACACACACACAAAAAAGGAAUUAAUAAACAUCCCCGAGCAAUCUAAAUUUAAAUGACUGUCCGUGAUUUAAAAGAUAUACGGUGUUGGAGCAGUCUUUUCACGUUUCCUGAAGUUCUUUCCGUGGCUUUUAAUCCCCUGCUUGAUGGUUGUCCCCACGUUAACGGGUGGUCCCGCUGGUCAAUUUCACAGUUCGUGUUUGCUUUGGAUUGUUAUCACCCGUGUAAGAGCGAUGUGAAGAGGAUAUAAUUUGAACUGAAUACAUUCUGUGCUUGGAGUAUGAGAUAUCUAAGGGACCAUUUGAUACCGGAAUUAUAGUAUUUCUCUCGGGGAUUUGUUUGGGAUGUGUACCCCCUCACUUUCCCGCGUCUUUCAGCUUCUAUGUGCUUCGGAAACUAGGAAUACCCCCAUUCCGCUCUAUCAGGACCGAACGCGAUGGGACUCAGAAGAUACCCUCUAUUUGUUGCAUACAUCUUUGUCCAGUCGGAGCUCCCUGGCCGACAGCAACAGCAUGGAGUCGUUGUUGCAGCAAUCUCUAGACGAAGCUACCAUGCACCAAUACAAUAGACCCGAAGAUAAUCCGGAGGCCAUGUUCGACAUGUUAACCCUGCAGACACUCAGGGACCGUUAUCAGGAGGGAGAGGAGGAGGACGUCGCCUCAGACAUAACAAUGAUGACUGCACAAGACUUUGAAGAUUUUGUUCGGGAAUUUCCUAUUGAUGACAGUAUCUCGGAGUGUUUUGCUUCCGCUGAUAUUCCAGAACAGACAAUAGUUGCCGUCAGCGAGGCACCGGAACCAGCUGAAACAAACUUUCAAGGUCGCCCGAGUAAACUGAAAAAGAAGCACAGAACUAACCACGAGGAGACUAUAUUCAGCGACGAAGACUCAAAAUCAAGUGACUCCAAGCGAUCUAAACUGAUAUCUAAUCUAUUUGGGAAAAAGCAUAAAAACAAGGAAGGUUAUAAAACAUUAAAACAGAAUGACCCAGAAGAGAAAGGGAGAGACAUCACGGACUCUAUCAUUAAUGCUUGUGAAAAUAUCACAAAGUCAUAUGAGAAAACUGGUUCUCAUUCUUCUAGUUCAGCACCCACAACGAAAGCGAGUAAACAUAAAAACAAGAAAUCUCAUGACGCUAACGCGGAUAAACAGAACUCUAGUGGUCUACACACUGCUAUAAACAUACGAAAACUUCCUCCUGUUCCAAAAAUUGACGUUGAGCACGUCUCUGAUGAUUCAAGAAAAGAAAAAGAGACACAACACGAAAAACCAGAAAUGACGUCAAACGGUAGCUUAAUUAGGCCAGUUGAUGUCAAGGAAAUGCUACGCUUGAGUGAUCAGAAAAUAGUCGAGAAAUUAAAAAUUAUAUCGAGCGACGGUUCCCAGACGACAUUAAGAAAAACAGUUUCCAUCCGUGACGGUACUGGAAUGACCCUACUUCAACGAAGUGUAUUAGGCGAUCGAACAAAUGUACUAGACUUUAUUUUGGAGACGGAUCCCACUUUACUCGACACUAACAUUAUGAUAUUCGCUGUCAAGCAUGGUAAAACAGAAUGUGUACGUGAUAUGCUAGAGAGAAGAAGUAUGGAUGGAACUCUGAACCCCGAACUUAUUGGAGAACUUUUGGCUCUAUGCUCCAAGAAUGGACAGCCUGAUGUUUUGGAGACGAUUAUACCCUACCUUGAGACAGACCCACCUUCUUGUUUACCGUGUGAUGAGUCGGGGAAUACAGUUGCUCACUUGGCAGCUCGAGAGGGACACUUGCAGUGUUUGCAGAUUCUCCUAGAUAACGGAUUUGAUGUAUGGACAGUGAACUCUAAGAAUCAGAGUGCGAUGGGACUGGCUCUAGAGAGCGGGCACCUGUCGGUGUACAAACAUCUUUUAUUGUAUCAAACAUGUCAGUGUCUUUUGACUGAGGCCACCAAGCAUAAAAUGACAAAUCUGAGAUAUACAUCGCAAAGAACGGGUAAUCAUGGAACUCUGGAGCAGCUGGAACAGCAGUUGGCCAAGUAUCAAAUGCAGUUUAAUGACGUCAUGCGCAAUAUGAUUGAUGCACAAGAGACGAUUUUACAGACAGUAGAUAAUCUAUACAAAGACACUAAACGUUUGAUACAAAAGGUUGAGGACCCAAACAGUACCGAAAAGCUCAAACUGAAAUUAGAAAAGCUGAAAGCAGAGGCUGAUCAACUACAGGAUCUAUUUGAUUUUUCACCUCUUGCAAACACUAAUGAUUUGUUGACAAAGGUCUUGUUGGAGUUUAGGAAAGUUGUCCUCACUUCAGAAGAAGAAGUAACAGUUCCGGAAUCUGUCAUCAGUAUGCCAUCGGACACUAAAGAACUCCUGAGCUCAAUGCUGAGAAAUUCUGCAACGGUAUGUGGUCAAAAUAGUAAUGUGGAUGUUGGACAGAUUCUUACUUGUCAGGUACAAAAUUUGUUACAAAUGUUAUCGGACAGUGAACGACCGGUAUCAAAGAGUACCAGCACAGUGUCGUCAAGGUCCGGAAACAAUAGAUACCAGUUUACACAACCAGUUUAUCACAAUCCAAAACUGGAAGCGAUUUUAUUAGACAGCAAAGAGAACAACGAGCGUACUUUCGAAUCAAGCAAAAAUAAUCCUCAUAUAAUGGAUCCGAGUCCUAAUAUAAUUUUUGGAAAUGGUGCUUCUGUUCAACAUUUAUCCUACUUGCCUGAAGGAAGUAUCAACGAGGAGUCAGAUUUGCCUUUACUGGACAGUCCUAGUUUAACGGAAUCCAUGUGCUCGACUGUAGUAACCUCAGGCAUAAUGGGAACAGAGAAAACUGACUGGACUUCUAGACUUGGUACUGUAACAUGUGAUACAAGUGACACUGAAUCUGAUUGGUGGGAUGUGUCGCAUGACAAGUCGCGCAGUGGAUGCACCGAGUCACGUGAAGAUGACGAGGAGGAAGAUGAUGAUGUGGAUUUUGUGACGAGUAUUCGAUUGAAUUUGGAAAAUGAGGACCUAUCAGAUGAUAUUUUACGUGAACAUCGACUCGCGAAGCAUUUGCAGUCUAUUGAAAAAUUAAAGCAGAACAAAGGAGAUUUCGUUGAGAGAGUUAUAUCAGCAAGUGGUCGCAGAGUCGGUAGAUGGUUAGACUCGUCAUGUUUGAACGAAGUGAAAAAAGUAAUUUCGGACAAAGGUCCAAAUUCCAGAAAAAGCAAGAAACAUGGUAUUCAGUUGUAUAGUCCUGAGCCACAGAGUGAGGUGGAUUCUAAUCAGCAAAGUAAGGAUAACAGAAGGCGAAGAUGGGAUGAAAUGUCAGUAACGGAUGGUGAGGAAAGUAAAGGAAAUUUGCGACCAUGGUAUGAAAUGUCUGACGACGAAGAGAGCGUAGUACAGAUUUGGAAGUCAGAUGAUGAAGAUAAUCAAUCACAAGUGUACAGGAUUUAAAUUCUACUGGAUCUACUCGAGAAAGAAAUCCAGAUCACAGCGCCGUCACAUUGGUGUACUGGAUUUAAAUUCUACUGAAUUUACUUGAGAAAGGUUAAAUUAAGGAUGAAAUCCAGAUCACAGUAACUUCACACUGGUGAGAGAAGCUAACAACAGAAUUCCGAGGAUCGAAAACAUUGUAGGAAGCCGUGAUCGCGAAGAGUCAUGUGGUCAUCAAUUGCUACAUACCACACUGCCAAUCUUUUCAGUUUAUGAAAGUAACUCUUGUACAUCACGAACGUUUUAUUACCAUCUUGAUCGAUUUUUGAAAGAUGUGCGAAAUUCAUUUAUAACUGAGGGAAAAACACCGCACGUCAGAAUUCUAUAUUCAAGCUUUAAUGAUCAACCUUGAAGCAACAGUACUGCAUGGAGUGUAAGUUACUGAACAACUAAGCGCUGGAAUGUGAUAAGAUACACAAUGAAAUACCUCAUAUUUGUACGUUAAUAAAUAUGUUCAAUUCA